UUUUUACGGAUAUCGUUAUCUGCUUCUCACUAAACACGAAGAAGCAGGAGAGCUCGAAACAAAAAUGGAGGGAAGCAUUUCGCCGCUUUGCCUACGUUCUUCCUCGAGUCUCUGUUACUUCUCCAGUAAUGUUUCUCCUGAUUCUCAUCGUUCUCUAGGAUUUACACUUGUGGAUUCGCUCCGGCCGACGAACUUGGUAUCCCUGCGAACGGCAAAUAGCCGUUCGUCGUCACUACGGCUGAUUCUAUCUCCGGCGAGAGGCGCUCUACGUACGCCGACAAUUUCCGCGGAGGAAGUGAAAGAUGUCCCGAUGCCGAAGAUAGAUAAGAGCGGCCGAUUAAGCAGCCCUCGAGCCGCCCGCGAGCUCGCUCUGGUAAUACUUUAUGCCGCAUGCUUAGAAGGUUCAGACCCAAUUCGGCUCUUUGAGAAGAGGAUAAAUGCAAGAAGAGAGCCUGGAUACGAGUUUGACAAGACGUCUCUGUUGGAGUAUAAUCACAUGAGUUUUGGAGGACCCCCAGUUAAAACAGAAACAAGUGAAGAGGAAGAUGAGCUUGUGCGCCGUGAUGAAAACGAAUCGAAAAUCGAAGCAGAAGUGCUUUCAGCUCCCCCUAAGCUGGUGUACAGCAAACUUGUUUUACGGUUUGCAAAGAAACUAUUGGCUGCAGUGGUUGAUAAAUGGGAUAGUCAUGUCGUCAUCAUCGAAAAAAUUUCCCCGCCAGAUUGGAAGAGUGCACCAGCUGGAAGAAUACUAGAGUUUUCGAUUCUUCACUUAGCAAUGUCUGAAGUGGCAGUCCUUGAAACUCGACACCCAAUCGUCAUUAACGAGGCUGUUGAUCUUGCAAAACGGUUCUGUGAUGGAGCAGCGCCACGCAUAAUCAACGGGUGCCUUAGGACAUUUGUCAAGGAUAGAGCAGCAACACCAACACCAACACCUCAAGCUUUAGAAUUGAAGCAAGAAGUAUCGGUUUAAGUUAGAACACACCCGCAUCUUCUUCGUUUGGAGGCAGGCAACCUCAGGUUUUGGUCUUCGGAAAUAGUUCGUUGGCAAAGUGUUGAUCCGAUGAUCUUAUAUAUAGAGCGAGACACAGUCUCAGGAGAGAUUCUGUCCUCACAGGCAGCUUCUGGUCCGAAGCUUUCGUACUUGAGACUGAAUCUAUCGUUCCAUUGCAGCUCAACAUGAUUAUUGCUAAGAACACAAUAUGCUCUCAAGUCUGUAUUAUAUAUUGCUCUAAAAUAUAUAUUAACAAUUAGUAAUAGCUAAGUUUUCAUGUUUUUGUGUGUUUGUAUUCUCCUUCACUUUUGUCCCAUAUUAAGUAACAAAGCUGGUAUAAUCAGGUUUUUCGU